ACAAUAAGAUCAGUGUAUAGCAUAGUUUAGCAUGUGUUAGCACCUCUCUCUCAUUCUUUCAUUUAUGUUAUGCAAAGUAAGAAUCUAGAAAACUCGUGAACUAAGCUUCAUCUAACAAUGGUUGCAGGGUAAAACAGAGAAACAAAUGAUUAGAAAAAAUUGUGAUAGUUAUGCAUCAAUAGUUCACUUGCUUGGGAUCUAUACAGUUGGGUGCAUCGGCAGCUUAUCAGGAGCAGCAUCUUAUCUGAUCUAUCUCUGGAUAAUGCAAAAGCCUCCCACCAUUCAACACUUUGCUUUGAUUUGCGUAUGUGGAGCUUUUCAUUGGUUUCCCUAUAUCAUCGUUGCAUACACUGUGAUGGCUAGCAUUGCCCUUCCACACCCCCUCGUCUUUGCCAUCUACAUCGCCUUGGGUUACACGACUUACGGCCUUAUCCUCACUUGUUUCACUUGCCUACUGAAAUCCUACAUUGGAAGUCGGAGAUCAUUUCUUGCAACUUGGUUUCUACACAGGAUCUCGACGGCAUGCCACAUAAGAUUUGCAAAGUUUCUCUCUGGAACAGAGGCUUUCAGCACAUACUUGCGCUGUAUGGGAGCCAAAGUGGGGGAAGCAUUGUUCCAUCAGAGCCAUCAAUCCUUUGUCAGAUCCAGAGCUCGUUUCACUUGGCAACGGUGUCCACUUGGGUGAUUUUAUCCGUGUCGUCUCAGGCUAUUACUCCUCAAGUGGCUACGUCUCAGGUGGAAUCGAGAUACAAGGUAACACGGUCGUAGGCAGCCAAGGCCUAGUCCUCCCUGGCUCUGUCCUUGAGCAAGAUGUCAUUCUUGGGGCGCUUUCAGUUGCUCCUCCAAACGAAGUUCUUCAAGCAGGCGGUGUUUUUGUCGGCUCUCCGGCUCCAGUCAUGGUUAAGAACACACUGCACAGCUUCGACGACAGGAUAGAAGAGAUGGAUGUGAAAUACAAAAAGGUGUUAGGUAAUCUUGCUGCAAAUCUGGCGAGCUCGACGCUCAAGUUGAAGUCGCGGUACUUCCAUCGGAUUGGUGCAGCGGGCAAAGGAUCAUUGAAGAUAUAUGAUCAUGUAAUUUUUUUUCCAGAUCAUGAAAUCUUCUCCCCUGGGAAGAAGUAUUCUGUGGUGUUGCGCCACAGCAAUUGCUUAAGCUCGGACGAUGAUGCUCGGCUUGAUCCACGUGGAGCAGCAUUGAGGAUCGGAGAUGCUUCAACUCCUUUGCUUGAUCUGACAUUGAAGACUGGCAAUGCGUUUCACGCGCGAAGCAUAGGCGACUUCGCCACGUGGCUUGUGUGUGGAGCUGCAGCAAGAGAAGAGCACGUGAAGCAUUCUCCACAUAUCAGGGAUGCAAUGUGGCACUCCUUGAGGCGAGCAGACUCUUACACUCAGCUUCAUUACUACUCAAAUAUUUGCAGGCUGUUCAGAUUCAAAGAUGGUCAGGAAAUGUAUGUCAAAUUCAAGUUGAGGCCAUAUGACAGAGCAAUUGGUGAAGACAACGGGAAAGUCGAGCCUAUCGGCAUACUUCCACCGGAGACAGGUGCCAUCCCUAGAGACGAGGGCGACCAGCGCCCUCGCCUCUUCCUCGCUGACGACUUCCAACGGCGAGUGAGCUCUCCGGAUAAGGUAAGGUACGUCUUGCAGCUUCAAAUCCGGCGUGUCCCGGAGGAUGAAACGACGCGUGAGGUCGCCCUCGACUGCACGAAGCCGUGGGACGAAACAUUGUUUCCAUACAUAGAUGUGGGGGAGGUCACAAUUGAUCAAGUCCUCAACAAACAAGAAUCGGAUGAUCUAGAGUUCAACCCUUUCCUCAGAUGCCCUGAAGUCGACGUCAUCAGGGCCUCGUCGUGCAACGAGAGCGCGUCCAUGGAUCACGGGCGUUCAGUAGUGUACGCGAUAUGCCAGCAUCUGCGGAAGAAGAAGCCGUUCCCCGAGGCUUGGAGGGCUUUCUUGAAUCAGUCAGACGUGAAAGUCGACCUUUCUGGUUGUCCGAUGGCGGCCUCCGCGGCGGGUGAGGAGUUCGUCAAGGAAGUGACGCUCGAAAGGCCUUGGUACCUGACCUUUUGGCUGGCUACUGCUCAACCAUUCCUACAGAUUUUUCUGCCUUAUUUUCUACUGGGGUUGGUGGCGUCUGCACCAUUCAACUUAAUCAAGAUGGGGAAAAUACAGAUGAUCUAUUUGCUACCAUUGUUUUGGGUGUGCUCCGGCAUCGCAGCAGGGGUAGUUUGUGGUGUGAGCAAAUGGAUUCUGGUAGGGAGAAAGAGAGAGGGCGAAGUGGAGGCGAUUUGGAGUGUGGGGAUAUUCAUGGACACUAUAUGGCAAGCUAUUAAGACAGUGGUUGGUGAGUACUUGAUGGAAAUGACGAGCGGAUCCAUUAUGUUCAACUUGUGGUUGAAGCUGAUGGGAUCGGAAGUUGCAUGGGACGGCGGCGCGUAUGUGGACAGCAUGGGGGCUGCGUUGAAUCCGGAACUGAUGCAAAUAGAGAAAAACAGUGUGGUUGAGAGAGAAGCAUUGUUGUUUGGGCAUAUCUACGAGGGGGACGGCGGUAAAGUCAAGUAUGGAAAGGUGGUGGUGAGGAGAGGCGGAUUCAUCGGAAGCAGAGCUGUGGCGAUGCCCGGAGCAACGGUGGCUGCUGGAGGCAGCCUACCUGCUCUCUCCCUUGCAAUGAAGGGAGAGUUUGUUAACUCACAGCUUUAUUACAAAGCAUUUGCAAUGUAAGCCAUUA